AUCACGCGUGACGGGCAAGAAAUGCUCGAACCAAUCAUAACAUAAUGCCUCUCUCUUCAGCACUGCAGAGACUUCGAGUUUCACGACCACAAAACACAAGCUUUAUUAUUGCCACAAAUUGAAUUGCGUUGCCGUGAAUGUCGUUAUGCAAUUUGGCAAGUAUUAUGACACGCAAAUGUAGCAAAACCCUGCUUUUGAGAAGCCUGAGCUGACAGGCGUCUCGUUGUACAACUACAAAUGAGUCAACCAUUUCAUUCAUGACUUCACGCCUGUUUUUUGAUUACAAUUAGAAAUUAUAGAAAACAAAGCAUUGUAACCACAGUGAUUGUAACAAAGUUUACUCCAGUUAACGACUAGAGAUCAGUAUUAAAAUGGAGUUUUUGUAAAUAAUAUAUAUAUAUAUAAAUUAAACCGAGAUGUUUAUAGUAUAAAGAUUUUGUAUUUUUAUUAUCUGAACUUUAAAAAAUUAUAGCAAGAUCGUUGAGAAAUAAGAUUGGUUGUUAUUGUUAUACUUUUAACAGCUUGUUAUGUGAAUUCUUAUAUAGAGAGGUAUAACAAUUUAACAUGAGUUUUGGCGAUUUACAAGAUUCUCAUACACCUGGGCACUCAGCCCAGAUUCUGAGCUCUAUCAACUUGCUAAGAAAGCGAGGUUUGUUUUGUGAUGCCGUCUUAAAUGUGGACAAUCGAGACUUUCCCAUCCAUCGAGUCAUCCUUGCUGCCUGCAGUGACUACUUCGCUGCAAUGUUUACCAAUGGAUUGAGCGAGAGUUAUGAUGUGGAAAAGAAAAUAAAAAUUAAAGGCUUGUCAGCUGAAACUAUGGAGAUUUUGCUUGACUUUAUUUACACAGAAAACCUGAAAGUUAGCGUUACUAAUGUGCAGGCAUUAUUGCCAGCCGCUUGCCUUCUUCAGUUAAACGGGGCAAAGAAUGUUUGCUCUGAGUUCAUGAAAAGCCAACUAGAACCUGCCAAUUGCCUUGGUGUGAAGAAUUUUGCUGAGAUUCAUCAUUGUGAACCGUUGAGAAAAGCUGCCAAUCAAUUCAUUCACAAGCACUUUGUCAAUGUCAUACAAUGUGAAGAGUUUCUUCAACUUGAAAGUCACGAUCUUGAAGAACUUAUUCAAAAUGACAACAUCAUGAUUCCUUCAGAGGAAAUUGUAUUUGAAGCUGUAAUGAAAUGGGUUAAGAAUAAUGUUGAUGAUCGUAAAGAGUAUUUACCAAGUUUACUUGAGCAUGUCAGACUGUCAUUGCUGACUCCACGUUAUCUCACAGACAUUGUUGACAACGAAGUUUUGAUCCAUCGAAGUUUUGCCUGCCGAGAUCUUGUUGAUGAAGCAAAAAAGUUCCAUCUCAGACCUGAAUGUCGUUGUGAAUUGCAAAAUGAGAGGUCUAAAGCACGAUUAGGUACUGGUCAAGUCAUGUAUAUUUUGGGAGGAUUUGGUAGCAUUCAAAGGCCUGUUGAUAUUGUGGAAAAAUAUGAUUCUCGAACAGAUCAAACCAUCAUUGUUCAGCCCAUCAAAAGAAGGCGAUAUUUAUGCUCAGUAGCUCUUGGCACAAAGGUUUAUGCAAUUGGUGGUUAUGAUGGUUCCCAAAGACUUAAUUCUGUGGAAUGUUUUGACACUGUCACUCAAAGUUGGACAAAUGCUGUACCUAUGAGGCAUCGUCGAGGACUUGCUGGUGCUGCUAUUUUAAAUGGUAAAAUUUAUGUGGCAGGAGGGUUUGAUGGUACAGUACGACACACAGCUGUUGAAUGUUAUGACCCCACCAUUGAUCGUUGGACAACUGUUGGUGAGACGAACACAGGAAGAGAGGGAGCAGGACUUGUGAAUGUUGAUAAUACAUUAUACUACCUUGGGGGAUAUGAUGGAAAUACUAUAUUGAACAGUGUUGAGCGGUUUGAUCCAAGGACUGGUGACUGGUUAUCAGUUGCUCCUAUGCUGACUCCACGUUCCGGUGCGGGUGUUGCAGGUUUGGAUAGCCAGCUUUAUACUAUCGGUGGCUAUGAUGGUACGCAUCAUUUGAAAUCUACUGAGUGUUAUAGCGCAUGUGCGGAUCGUUGGAUGUCUUUGAAAGAUAUGAAUUGCAAGCGAUGUUAUGUAGGUACGGCAGUAUUUUGUGGCCAACUACACGCAGUUGGUGGAUAUGAUGGUACAAACUUACUAGAUACAAUGGAGAAGUUAAACAAUGUUCUAGGGGAAUGGGAAGUAGUUUCGAAAUUUGAACUUAGCCGUUGUGAUAUGGGUGUCUCGGUUGUGCAGGAAACUUAAUCGGAUUGACGGAUAAGCUGACCAACCCCUGGGGCCUGGACCCAGGGUGUUUGAUUCAAUCUUUAAUUUCACUGCACUGGAUUAAUUGGUGAUCUAUUCUGUGGAUUAAUAAUGGACGAAAAUGUCCCAGUUCUUUCGUAUGAAGCGCAGUUGGCGAAAUGUUUGGUAUUUAAGAUAUUUUUUCAGUAUUUUACUUGUUAAGAUUAUUGUACGACUAUGCAUUGAGCUCUGACCUUUUAUAGCAGCGCACAGUUUUUCUACCUGCAGCUCUACUGAGCUUUGUGGAGUACGACUGUUUGCGAGCAGACUAGUGAAUCCUGCGGAGGCUAAGAUUUGUCAAUAUACCGCUAUGUAUAUUGUUUUUCGUCUCGUUUUCACGCCGUUUCAUUGAGCGUGUCGUUUCUAUCGCCAUUUAAAUCGCCAUUUCAACAUUUUAUUUUAAUAUAAUGCAUGAAACAUUUAA